GCCCCGGUGAUCAUGUGAUGACGAGUCGUUGCUGGUGGAAACAGCUGGUAGUUUCUGUCAACGAGCGCUGCAUCCAGCAUGCAGCAUGGGAGAGAAUAAAAGUUAAACCCGAGUCGGAAUUGGUCAAAUCUUCUUUAUUUUGAAGGUCUGAUGCUAGUGGUGUGUCGCUGGCUACCUCGUCCCGACAGUUUGGCCGAAGUAGAGCAGAACGCGGCUUGUUAUUAGCCUGUCUCGUCGGCAUCCACUGUAACCGGCGGCUAACACCUGCUAGCUUGCAGACUUGAUUGGCAAGUCUGUAAAGUCGAAUAACUAGGUGCCACUCUGUUGUCACCGUUUUUGCCUUGACUAUUUAUUUGCUAACCGUCCGGACCGGGGUCUAGGUUCUGUCAACAUGGCUCACGUCCAUUACAAAUUCUCCUCUAAACUAAAAUACGAAUCGAUGGUGUUCGACGGCCUCAACAUCACGCUGAAAGACCUGAAGAGGCAGAUCAUGGACCGGGAGAAACUUCGAGCCGCCGACUGCGACCUGCAGAUCACCAACGCGCAGACGAAGGAAGAGUACAAAGAUGACGAGGAUCUCAUCGCUAAGAACUCCUCUAUUAUUGUGAGGAGAAUCCCUAAGGUGGGUGUCAAGUCAUCGGGGAGCAAGACGACGUCCAAGACGAUGUCCAAGACCACUGACCGUUCCGACAACCAAUUUCACCACCAGGCCUUUGGGUCCACCAAAGCAAUGGAUAACCAGAGUUUUUCCAGAUCCCUCACCCUUCUCUCCCAGACCUGCAAUCUGGCCAACGCAAACGCGUCUGAAGAGGACAAAAUCCAAGCCAUGAUGUCCCAGUCCACCCAUGAAUACGACCCUAUGAAUUAUGUGAAGAAGCACGGGCCUCCUCCACCCAACUACACCUGUUUCCGAUGUGGGAUGAAUGGUCACCACAUCAGAAACUGCCCCACCAAUGGGGACAAGACCUUUGAGUCCCUGCCCAAGAUCAAGAAGAGCACGGGCAUCCCUCGCUCUUUCAUGGUGGAAGUGGACGACCCCAACAUCAAGGGGGCCAUGCUGACCCACUGCGGUCGAUACGCCAUUCCCACCAUAGACGCCGAGGCCUACGCCAAGGGGAAGAAGGAGAGGCCUCCGUUCGCGCCGCCCCUGCCCCCGGCAGCGGGCGCUGGGGGGGAGGAGAAGAAGGAGGAGGAGGAGGCGGUCCCCACGGAGCUGCUGUGUCUCAUCUGCAGGGAGAUGCUCCACGACGCCGUCCUCAUCCCCUGCUGUGGAAACAGCUACUGUGAUGACUGCAUCCGCAGCGCCUUGCUGGAGUCAGACGAGCACGUCUGCCCCACCUGCGCCAAGGUGGACGUCUCUCCAGACACCCUGGUAGCCAAUAAGUUCCUCCGACAGGCGGUGAACAGCUUCAACAACGAGCUGGGCAACCAGAACAGCCUGGCCACACCGGGACCCAGCGCCCCGACGUCCCAGACGUCAAACCCCAGCCCCAGCCCGGCCCCCAAUCCCCCUCCACCCGUCUCUGCCACCCAGACCCGCCCCAAGACGCCCUACCAGCAAACACGCCACCAGCAGGACCCUCUGAUGUCCCGCCCACCGCCUGCACACACCCCGCCAUUGGCUCAACCGAACACGCCGUCUCCCGUAGCAACGGCCCCCUCAUCUGCCUCCAGCACUCCGGUCAACUCACCGCCGCGUCCGCAGAACCAGCCGGACGUGCCCGGCAGCACGGAGGCCGAGGCCGAGGUUUCCGUUGAUGCAGCCGAGGCCUCCAUCCCCUCUGGGUCCUCUUCGCCUGUGGAGGCACCACCACUGAUGGCCCCGGGUUACCAUGUUCCAGUGGCGGAAGACCGGGAGUCCAUCAGCCCUAAAAAUACACAAAUGUCCCCAACAUACCCAACAGUCCGACCCUCGGAUCAGCCACCCGUCAAGGAGAGCUCCUCCACCUCCUCCGGUCCUGCCGUCGGCGGGGGUUGGCCCUACCCCAGAGAGGGCCCCGGCCCGCCCCUCCCACCCCCUCCCCUCAUCCCUAAGGAAGAGAUGUACCGACACCAGCAGCGCCGGAUGAAAGAGAGGCCAACUCCGUGGAAAUGGUUCAAACCCCCCGCCGUCGUCUCUUCCCCCAGCAGAUCGUCGUCCGGCCGCGGGCCCAACAGAGACGGGCGGGGCCAGCAGAGGCCCAAGGCCGCCGCGGACGAGUUGGGCGGGGACUUCGCCAAAGAGCUGCUGGAGUACCGGCGGAUGCAGAGGCAGAGGAGGCGGUCCUACUCCAGGUCGCCUCAGAGGAGCUCCUCCGUCAGCCAGAUGUCCUCUGACUCCUACUCCCCCUCCAGGAGCUACUCCAGGUCCCCCAGCAGGUCCCCGGGCCCCGCGCACUCCAGAGGCAGAUCUAGGUGCAGAUCUAGAUCCAGGUCCCGUCCACGCCACAGACGGAGCUCCGCCCGUCGCCACGGCGACCGCUCCCAUCACCACGGCUACAAGCGGUCCCGUUCCCCGACGCCGCCCUCGUCCUCCCCGUCCCGCCGCCGGAGGAGCUCCCGGACGCGGUCCAGGUCCCGCUCUCGGUCCCGGGGGUCCCGGCGGAAGGCGUCGCGCUGCCGCCACCACCGCCACAGUGCCGGGAGUCACCACGAUCACCACGGCGACCCCGGGCGGCGGGGCUCGCCGGCCUGCGACCGCCACCCGUACCACGCGGGCUGCGACGCCCAGCGCUUCCGCCAGUGGGAGACGGAGUACCUGCAGUGGUACGACAAGUACUUUGGCAACUACACCGGGACGCCCCACCACCUCCAGCCGCCGCCCCUCCUGCCCACGCCCCGCCCCGCCUGCGGCCGCCCGGCGCCCAACCGCCGGCGCCCGUCCCCCUCGGGCCCCUGCUGCUCCUCGCAGCACGCCCGGCCCCAGCCCGGCCGGCUCCCCGCCAAGAGGAGCCGCUCCCCCCCCCGGCGGUCGCCCGACGGCAGCCGCUCCCCGGGCAGCGACGAGGACUCGGGCUCGCUGACCUACCAGCAGAGGUGCUCGGAGAUGUUCGGGCACCAGGCGUCGUACCGGGACGAGGCCGAGGACAGAGAGCCGGCCCCCCCCCGCACGCCGGCCUCGAGGGGUCCCGACGACCCGACGCACAAGAAGAAGAAGAGGAGGAGGAGCGAGAGGGAGCGAGCGGACGGGGGCGAGGCGGAGGAGGCCCCGCCUCUGGGCGCCUCCUUCUCCUCCUCGUCCGGUCGCGGCCGCUGGGACGGGGGGAGCAACCGCGACAGCCCGGGUACCCCGCUACACAACCUGGGGGUCUGCAGCCGGGCGGAGCCAGGGGACGAGGCCUGGGACCGACCCUACGCUGGGACGCUGAGGGCCGACGGCGGAAGGGAGGGCCAGAGAGGCGAUGGGGGGAGGGAGGGCCAGAGACAUCCAGGCGAUGAGGGAGUGUCCACAGAGCCCAGCCGCGCUCCAGAGCCGGGCAGACCAAAGCAUGGCGAGCCACGCCCGGAUCACUCCAGGUCGGAGAGGAAAAAGCGACGGGCAGAGGAGAGGAGCAGCGAGUCCCUGAGGAAGGACGUUCCUCUGGACGGCCGGCACCUCGACUCCUCGCACAGGAGCGAGAACGCAAAGUCAGGGCAGGACGGAGACGACCCGAGGCACGGGGGUAAACCGAACGCCGUCGAGAAGGAAGCGCCCCCCCGUGGAUCACCGACGGAGUACCCCCUCUGGGAAGGGGUGACGAAGGUGAGGAACCCCCAGAGGAAGAGCAUCAGCAUCAACAUCAACCUCACCCAGCUGGAGGAGGUCCAGAAGGUGGCUGAGUCUCACCCGACGGCCGGCAGCUCGGUCGAGGAAGAGCGAAUGGACGCCGGAGAUGAAAACGAGGACACGCCCACAGUGGAGGACGGGGAGGAAGUGGUGGACGACAACAGAGGAGUAAAACUACUGACCACCGUCCGGAGAGCCGCGGAGGAACCCGUUGGUGGAGGAGAGGCGAUGAAGACUAUGGAGAAGAAGAGGAGCAGGAGAGCUGAUGGAGGCAAGGUAUUGGAGGAGGUGGAGGAAGAGAAGGAGGAGGAGGAGAAGGAGGAGUCGAGGGCAGGAGCGAGGAAGAGGCGGGGUGAGGAGCCCGGGGAGGUGGGCGGGGAGAGGACCAAAGCCCCUGGAAGAAGAAGCCAAAGCACCUCAGCUUCCGGGGAAACGCCAAUCCAUGCUAGGAGGGAUCGAAGCGAGGGCCGCCAGGACAGGAAGAGGAAGACCCUGGAGAACCACAGUAGCCAGGACGGCUUCCUCCACCCCGAGGACACCACGGCCCCCGUGAAGGUCCGCUCCCGGUGGGCGCCGCUGGAGGCGGGGGCCAAGGGCCCCCCUGCGGGGAAGGAGGAGCCGGCGUCCGGCGAGGCUCGUCUACACGACGCCUCCGCAGCGCUCGGCCCCGUCCCCGUCUCCGCGCCGACGAAGAGGACCGCCGCUAGGGACGGGCUCGCCCCGGAGGACGGGGCCAGAGCGCCGCGGGGGCGGGAGGCCGAGGGGGGGAGGGAGAGGGAGACGGGCAGGGGGAGAGACCAGAGGAGGAGAACCACGGAGAGCGAGCGGGCGAGCGGCGGGACGGAGAAGAGGGGUCCCCACUCCUCCUCCUCCUCCUCCUCCUCGCGGACCGCCGGCGACGCGAGGGGCCGGGAGCCCGAGGACGGCGCCGCCGCCGCCGCCGGCCCCGGGCCGUCCCAGCCCUCGUCCCGCUCCUCCUCCUCCUCCUCGUCCUCGUUCUCCCAGCCCGACGGAGUUCCCCGCCCGCCGGCCGCCGCGGCGGGCGUCUCCGGCGCCGACGGCGGCGGGGGGAGACGCGGACGCCGUGACCCCGACGCCACGGUGUCCUGCCGCGACAGGAAGGCCCCCGAGGCCCGCCGAGACGCGCCCUCGGCCACGCCCCGGGACGGCGAGGCCGGGGAACAACAACAAAGACCACACCACCGCCGCCACCGCCAUCAUCAUUCACCGCAGCAUCGUCGUCACCGGGACGACCACCACGAGCACCAGCCCGUCCGAGAGCAGAGGGACCCCCGCAGCCCGGCAGAGGGCCCCCCGGGGGGCCCCGAGAGGAGGGACCCGCGCCCCCCCUCCUCCCAGGGCCCCGGAGCGGACCCCCCCGGCGCCGGGGCCGCCCGGGGGCCGCCGGACAAGCCCCGGCUGGACGUGUUCUCCGGGGGCCGUAACGCUCUGCUGCGGCCCCGGAAGCCCAUCGACAUCAAGAUCAUCAGCGGGGCGUCACUGUUCCAGCAGAGCAGGGUCUAG